AUGGAGCAAUCAGCUCAAACCCCUAUUCAGGGGUUAUCUCAUGGGAAUUCACUACCUGCUGAUUACUGGAGCACACUUGACCCCGCAUACCCUGAUCCCGAGCAGCAGCUUCAGCAGCCAUCUCAACCCCAGCACCAGCCUCAACAGCAGCACGAUUCUGCAUCGCAACCAACACCUCUUGGGAUCGGAUGGGACCAUCCUGUUUUUCAACAGCAGCCAAGAGAGCUAGCCUCACGACCAGAUCCGAACCAUGGCAUUUACUCAUCAGUGCAUCAGCCUUGGCAGCAAGCAAAUCCUUUGCAACAGCCACCGCAACGAGGAUAUGGAGCUUCGCAUCAGUAUCAGAUACAUUCCCAAGCUCCUCAUUUCCAACAAGAUCGGUUAUCUUUUGACUCUCGUCCCCUGAGCGCCUCCGAAUCUUCGUCAUUUCCAUCAUUUCCCUACCAGCAAAAUUAUUUCCAUCCACAAAACACACACAUCUCAGUGCCAGACACAUUUCCUGAAGCACCCGCGCAGCAGAGAAUACAGCCACGGCCACAGCAACAACCCCAGUCGUCAAUUUCUGCAUACCCUUUACCUCAAAGCUACUCCUCGGAAAUGCUGCAAAACACAAUUGAUUUGACCAACGAUUACUCCGAUUCAGACCCGAAUGUCACCAUCAACCCCCAGUUCCUAAAUUCUAUCCCGCAGGCAUUCAAUCCACAGCAGUCUUCGUUGACAAACAACUUUAUUCAGGGAAUUCCUGCAGACCUCAAACAACAAGGGAGCGAACAAAGGGGUAGGCAAUUUAAUUACUACCAGCAUGAUCUUUCAGUCCAGUCGCAUAUGGCACCAAAUGGCAACCCGGUGAUUCCACCUGGAGGAUUACCAGUACUGCAAGUUGUAGUCCCCAAUAAGAAGGGCGCUUCUAAUAAGCAGCAAACGAAGAAGACUUCUCAAAAUGGCCGAAUGAGAACUUUAUCUAAGUCAGAAAGUGAAAGUUCGGAUGAAUCCGAUCUUGAGAUUGAAGCACCUGACGAGCCUUCUCCUAUCCCUCCGAUCCGCCCGACUGAGCCCGAGGCUGCAGCACAAUAUGAUACCCUCCAAGCCGUGUGGUCACCGAGAAACAAAUGGCCUGGUCCUGAGAAGGUCAAGAAUGCGCUGGUAGCCUACAAAGAGCUUGUCAAAGGAUUAAGAGAUGCAUGGAAGGAACAAGUUCAGGCCAUGAAACUGGCUGAAAACCAAGAUGACAACCAGAAAGCAACACAACUUAAGGAGAAAGUCAUUUCGCAACGUCGUACCAUGGAUAAAAUUGCGACCACGACACUGGAAAUGGGUCAUCCCAAUAUUGUUGAGAAGCUGGGAGAACAUCCUAUGGUUGUGGCGGCUUUAUAUUCGUUCUUACUCGAUCGUUUCCAAGCAGCAGACUUUGCUGGGACUCUGACUAUUAAUUUGCUUUCGCUCUUCUCGCGUUUCUCGACUUUGACAGAAGACCUGAUGCAAAAGACCAAUCUUUCCAAAUUGUUGCCAAAGUUCCUCAAGAAGGGUGGCCAGCAGGUUAAGGACCUCACACAGAAGAUAUUGGAUAAUGCUGCGGCCUCUACGAAGCGUAAACACGAGAGUGAAAAGCCCGCCAAGGAAGACUCACAUCCAAGGAGCGUUUUAGCAGAUCAGCCUAAAGGAGAGGCUGGAGUGAAGCGACCCCGUGAGGCGGAUAGCAAUCUGCAGCCUGGCACAAAACGAAUGGCAGUUACCAAUCCCUUGAAGGAUGUGAAUAAACAUGCACCCGCAAGCAAUGGACCGGUCAAAGGAGCACAAAGUAGUAAGCCAACCGGCGCUGCAGUGCUGCGCCCUAAAGCCAAUAUCGUGGCCCCUAAGCCAACAAGUCUCUUUGGCACUUUAAGUUCGGCGUCCAAGAGACCCGGGACCACAAAUGCGGAUAGGGCUGCCGCCGCCGCCGCAGCAAAGCCAACUGCUGCUUCCGAAAAGGAAAAGACACCAGCCCCAAAGCCAUCUUUCUCAUUUGGUGACAUUAUGGCCGACUUGAACAAACCCAAGCAGGCACCAAGCCCCAAGCCCGCCGAAGAUCAGCCCCCGGAGACUGAAGCUGAGCGCAAAAACAGGUUGCGUAAAGAAGAGCGCCGUAAACUUCGCGUGACCUGGAAGCCGGAUGAUGCUCUUACCGAAGUCCGACUAUUUACCCACGACCCGGAUGAAGAAUUAGGUCCCGGCGAUGGGUCAUUGCGCUCACGAGGAGACGUUAAAGGUGAAGGUAGUGUUCUCAAGCUUCACAAAGAUAUGGACGAAUUGGAAGAAGAGGACCUCGGUGAGACCGUAUUUCAAGACGGUUAUACUCUUUCGAUGGUCGAUUUCGAUUUCGAGGAAUCAAAUGAUGGCAGUUUCAUCAAGCGCGGCGGCACCCAGCUGCCCACGAGUCCCGAGAGGGAGGCUCAGGAGCAUCGGGAAUCUACUACCCUUAUGGUCUUCUAUACCUCUCCUGCUGACAUGCCCGACACACCAAAGGAGCCACCAGCUCCUGACCCCGACGAUAUUGUUACCGAUGUAUUGCCUUUCGGAGAGCUGCCCGACCUGGUCAAGGUCCGCCAGGAACGUUACUACUCCUACAUGAAUUCCAAGCCUACGACUCCCCAACCAACCCAACAACCGCAGCGACCUACUCCCGGAGACAGUGGAUUUGACAUCUCCAAUUUGCUCAAGAUCAUCCAGGGUGUUCCUGGACAGGCGCAACCAAUCCCAGCCCCGCAGGCAACUCAACCCGGGGGCAUGCCGGAUCUCGAGAGAACCAUCAGUAUGUUCCGUCAACAACAACCUCAAUCACAGGUCCUCCCGGCUCCACCAGUACCCAUUCCACAACCGCAAGGCCUUGACUUCAACGCGAUCUUGAAUGUUAUGAAACAAAUGCAGGCGCCGCCUGCAUAUUCCCAGCCCCAGCAAUCGCAAUCAGCAAUGGCACCUAACCUGGGCGCCAUGUUCGCACAAUUCGGUGGGCAGAACCAAAACGGUGCUCUCCCAUUCCGACAGCAAGGGCAUGACUAUGAAGACCCAGAGCGCAAGCGCGGCCGCGAGGGCGGUUAUUAUGACGACAAUUCUAACUCCGAAUCGUGGAGCCGCUCGAAACGGACCAAAUUUGGCGCCAACGAGGCCAAGCCUUAUAAGGUGGGACUAGUUGCUUGCAGAUUUUGGGCCGAGGGCAAGUGUCGCAAAGGCGACAACUGCACUUUCCGCCACGAUCCUCUCUAA